CAUGACUUUGUGUGUGUGGGCCAUAAGCACACAAUGGUGAAGCACUGUGCCAAGCUUCAGUCCGCAGCGAGCUGACUGGCGACUGAGUUCGUUUGGGUGUCAGACAAGAAAGGCGUGGCAGUGGGAUGAUCCAGGCGCACCGAGCGAUGGAAAAAAACCACACCAAGCUCUAUUGACCUGUGAUCAGCUGAGACCCCAAAGCUGCCUGAUAUAGGAGCACUGGCGUCACAUAUUAGCUUUAUAAUUGACAAAAUCAGUGCCUCUAAGACACCUUUGGGCCGUGGAUGUGCCACAUACUGGACACCGUCGUGGCAAUGCGCUGAGGUCUCCACCAGGCUGUAGUACACCCACUAUAGAACAGAAAAGAUGAGCAAAUCUCCCACCCCAAAGGGCACUCCAGUGCAGCGCAGCCCCAGUGAUGGGGUUCCAGAGGGCCUCCAUUCUCCACAGCACUCAACUCCUGUCUCUGGACCGCAGCAUAAGAAACGGAUCUCCAGCCUCCUUCACAGUCCGUCAUUCAGAGAGGAGCUGGAUGUGCUGAUCCAGGAACAGAUGAAGAAGGGUGGCAGCUCAUCCAAUCUAUGGGCACUGAGACAGCUCGCUGAUUUCAUGGCCUCUCAUGGCUCUCCGGCUACUCUACCAGUCUCACCUUCCAACAUGAUGAUGGUGACCUCCAUCAACGACCUGCAUGGAUGGGAGCCUGGCAGCUUGGUGAAAGGGGAACGGUUGAUGCGCUGCAAACUGGCCAGCACCCACCGACUGUUUGACCUUUACGGCUGGGCUCAGAUUAGCCAAACCCUUCUCACACUACGUGUGAGUAAAGAACAGGAACACUUCCUGGUGCUUCCAGAAGGCCUGGCCUACAGCGAGGUUACUGGAUCCAGUCUGGUGAAGGUGAAUCUUCUGGGUGAGGUGGUGGAGAAGGGCAGCACCAACCUACAGGUGGGCACGGACAAGUUCAGCCUGCACUCUGCCAUCUACUCAGCACGGCCAAAUGUCCGCUGCCUACUACACCUCCACACACCUGCAACAGCAGCGGUUUCUGCUAUGAAGAGCGGCCUGCUGCCUCUGUCCCACGAGGCUCUGCUGGUUGGUGAUGUGGCCUACUACGACUAUAAUGGGGUUAUGGGGGAGGAAGAGGACCGAAUGGAGCUGCAGAAGAGCUUGGGACCCACUUGUAAGGUUCUGGUGCUGAGGAAUCAUGGCAUCGUGGCUCUGGGGGAAUCAGUGGAGGAGGCCUUCUACACCAUCUUCCACAUACAGGCAGCCUGCCAGAUCCAGGUGACAGCCUUGUGUUCUUCUGGAGGGGAACACAACCUCAUUAUGUUGGAUCGGGCCAUCCAUAAACCCAACCCAACCGGCACCGUCAGCUGGGCCGGCUCCACCUUCGGACCUCUGCAUAAGAGCCGUAAUGGAGAACAUGAGUUUGAAGCUCUUAUGAGAACUCUGGAUAACCUGGGCUAUCGUACCGGCUAUGCCUACCGGUUCCCUGUGCUGCUAGAGCGAUCGCGGACACGGAGGGAGGUAGAGGUCCCGGCGACCGCAACAGCCUUCCACCAGUUUGACGAUGACUGCGUCCACACCGCUUUGAGGCAGCACCCUUUUGCUCAGCGCCAGCAGCAGGAGAGGACCCGAUGGCUCAACACCCCCAACACCUACCAGAAAGUCAGCCAGGAGCAGGCGAGCCCGGGACACCAGCGCACCACUCAGUGGCUGAAAACAGAAGAGGUGACACAGGCUGGCAGCACAGCCAUCAAGAUAGAGAAUCCAAACCAAUUUGUGCCUCUUUUCACCAACCCUCAGGAGGUGAUUGAGACACGAAAUAAGAUUCGACAACAGAAUCGUCAGGAUAUGAAGACUGCAGGACCACAGUCACAAGUCCUUGCAAGUGUCAUAACAGAGGACAGCCCUCCGACCCCAGUGAGCCCACCCAAAGUUCCACCAGAGCCAGAACCUCCCAACCCCUUCAACGAGCUGACUGACAAGGAGCUGGAGGAGUACCGCAAGGAGGUCGAGCGAAAGCAGGAUGGAGGGACCGACGUAGGGGAGGAGGUGGAGAUUGACAGGGACUCUGCCCCUGCUGCCUCCCCUACAAAAGGCCCAGCAGCUAGCCAUCCUCCUGUCUCAGCAUUGGAUGUACAGAGCAACUCUCCAGCCAUUCAGAAUGGAGGGGAAGAGGAGAAGCAGGUGGCAAAAGAACUGGUGGAAGGGAUGAAGGCGCUUUCAACCAACGAAAACUCCUCCACUCCUACUGUGGUGCCAAUCAAACUGCAAGGUGGCACUCCAGAGGGCUCGCCGUGCAAGUCUCCGUCCAAGAAGAAAAAGAAGUUCAAGCCGCCAUCAUUCUUGAAAAAGAGCAAGAAGCAGAAGGAGAAGGAGAAAGUAGAGACCUGAGAUGGUCACACAGACAUGUCAGACCUUGGUGAAGUGCUACAGGUCAUCAUGUGUGAUGGAGCAGUAGAUGGAACUGCAUCACAAUCAUCCAGAGCAAUUUCAAUGUCAAACCCAGACAAGGUAUCUUAGAGUACCACUGCUAGCCACUGAAUUUGAUGUUUGUGGUGAUUCAUUAAGUUAAAGAGCUCCUGUAAUUUUUUUCGCCAACUAUUUGAUCCAGAUCGGAUACAACUCACCCACCCAGUUUGACUCACUUUUUGAAAUCACUCUCACGGUUUCUGUACUCCACAUAUGCACCAUAAGUUUGUUAAAUCACUUCACUGUACAGGAAUUCAACAAUGUUUCUUCUUCAAAUCAGGCCUGCAAUGUGGAUCCUGUACAAGUGACACUUUUGUUUUUCUAACAAUACACAUUGGAAGGUAAAGUCUGUUAUCCAUGUAUAGCACUUAACAUAGAUAGAUCGAUGUUCUUGCACGUCUUAUUCUUUCAUCAUUAUACAUUUCUCUUAGCUUUUUGUUGUAGUUAUCAGAUAGAUGUCACAGGUUUUGUCUGUGAGGACAGUUGCAGUACGUGUAGAAACCUACUGAUAGCUAUUGAUUGUGCUCUGAGUUAUUAAAGUAAAGCUAAAGGAAAGCAGGAAAACAUUGGCUACGUACAUGUUGCAAUGAAUGUUACCAAUCACAAUGGAUAAAAAUGGCUGCUGAUUAUACUGAGAGUAGUAAACAUUCCACUUUGGUUUAAAAACAUACAUGCGCAAAAUCACUCCUUCCAAGUAACAAUUUUGAACUAGUAGCUGUUACCCAACUGCUGAUGUGUGAUGUUGGCUCAUUGGUUUGAACUAAUUUUAUAUAAGAAUGUCUAUGUGAGUGUUGCAGGGUUGCUAUGUAUCAGUCAUUAAAAUUCCAGUUAGGUUUCAAGUCCACUGA